CCCAGCGCUGCUUCUGCUGCUGCUGCUUCUGCUUCUGCUGCUGCUGCUGCUGUUGCUGCUGUGAUUGCAGCCGCCGCCGCUGCCGCUCGCCCAGCCUCCGCCACCGCGCCUCCUCCCUCACUUGCCGGCGCGCUCGCCUCCUCGCUAGAUGGUGUGCGAGCCGCCCGAGAAUUAGACUCACUCCGGACUCGGCCAGAAUCAACCGAGAGGAGGUGUAGUGUGGUGCCAGGGGGUGGGAGGGGAGGGAGGGAGGGACAGCAAAGAGGAGGAGGAGGGGAGGCCAAAAAAGAGAGAGAAAACAACAUCCAACAACUAGAGGGGGGGGAAGAAAGAAAGAAAAGAAACCCACCCACCCAUCAAAAAAAAAAAAAAAAGGAAAAAAAAAAUCCUGUGGCGCACCGCCUGGUUCCCGGGAAGACUCGCCAUCACCAGGGGGUGGGGGAGUGCGAGCUGAAAGCUUCUGGAGAGUGAGCAGCCCGAGCAGGGAUGGACAUGAUGCUGUUGGUGCAGGGUGCUUGUUGCUCGAACCAGUGGCUAGCGGCGGUGCUGCUCAGCCUUUGCUGCCUGCUGCCCUCCUGCCUCCCGGCUGGACAGAGUGUGGACUUCCCCUGGGCGGCCGUGGACAACAUGAUGGUCAGAAAAGGGGACACAGCGGUGCUUAGGUGUUAUUUGGAAGAUGGAGGUUCAAAGGGUGCCUGGCUGAACCGGUCAAGUAUUAUUUUUGCUGGAGGUGAUAAGUGGUCAGUGGACCCUCGAGUUUCAAUUUCAACAUUGAAUAAAAGGGACUACAGUCUGCAGAUACAGAAUGUAGAUGUGACGGAUGAUGGCCCAUACACGUGUUCUGUUCAGACUCAACAUACGCCGAGAACAAUGCAGGUGCAUCUAACUGUGCAAGUUCCUCCGAAGAUAUAUGACAUCUCAAGUGAUAUGACCAUCAAUGAAGGAACCAAUGUCACCCUUAUUUGUUUGGCCACUGGGAAACCAGAGCCUUCCAUUUCUUGGCGGCACAUCUCCCCAUCAGCAAAACCUUUUGAAAAUGGACAGUAUUUGGACAUUUAUGGAAUUACCAGGGACCAGGCUGGAGAAUAUGAAUGCAGUGCAGAAAAUGAUGUGUCAUUCCCAGAUGUGAAGAAAGUAAAAGUUGUCGUAAACUUUGCUCCUACGAUUCAGGAAAUUAAAUCCGGCACCGUGACCACCGGACGCAGUGGGCUGAUAAGAUGUGAAGGUGCAGGUGUGCCGCCUCCAGCCUUUGAAUGGUACAAAGGAGAAAAGAAGCUCUUCAAUGGCCAACAAGGAAUUAUUAUUCAAAAUUUUAGCACAAGAUCCAUUCUCACAGUUACCAAUGUGACACAGGAGCACUUCGGCAACUAUACCUGUGUGGCUGCCAACAAGUUAGGCACAACCAAUGCGAGCCUGCCUCUCAACCCUCCAAGUACAGCCCAGUAUGGAAUUACCGGGAGCGCCGACAUUCUUUUCUCCUGCUGGUCCCUUGUGUUGACACUGUCCUCUUUCACCAGCAUAUUCUACCUGAAGAAUGCCAUUCUACAAUGAAUCUAAAGACCCAUAAAAGGCUUUUAAGAAUUCUCUGAAAGUGCUGAUGGCUGGAUCCAAUCUGGUACAGUUUGUUAAAAGCAGCGUGGGAUAUAAUCAGCAGUGCUUACAUGGGGAUGAUCGCCUUCUGUAGAAUUGCUCAUUAUGUAAAUACUUUAAUUCUACUCUUUUUCUGAUUAGCUACAUUACCUUGUGAAGCAGUACACAUUGUCCUUUUUUAAGACGUGAAGGCUCUGAAAUUACUUUUAGAGGAUAUUAAUUGUGAUUUCAUGUUUGUAAUCUACAACUUUUCAAAAGCAUUCAGUCAUGGUCUGCUAGGUUGCAGGCUGUAGUUUACAAAACGAAUAUUGCAGUGAAUAUGUGAUUCUUUAAGGCUGCAAUACAAGCACUCAUUUCCCUGUUUCAACACGAAUCAACCCAUAUUUACAAAGAUGCAUUUUUCUCUUUUGAUAAAAAAGCAAAUAAUAUUGCCUUCAGAUCAUUUCUUCAAGGUAAACACAUAUCUAGAUUUUUCUGCUCGCAUGAUAUUCAGGUUUCAGGAAUGAGCCUUGUAAUAUAACUGGCUGUGCAGCUCUGCUUCUCUUUCCUGUAAGUUCAGCAUGGGUGUGCCUUCAUGACAUAAUAUUUCCCUCUUCGUCUUCAACUAAUAAAGACAUCUUGCCAAACCCUACAAUUGAGAGCAAAAGUAAACUACAAUGAUAAAGUGCACUGUAUCCUAUCUCUAAAGAGCAAGGUACCUAUAGGAUUGAAAAUCCUCUGCAUUAUGAGUGGGGUUUGAGACUCUUCCCCCACAAUAACUCAAUUUUGUGAAGAAAAACGAUUUAACACAGUACAGGUAAAUUUACCAUGUGAUUUCUUUACUUGUAGCUAAAUGUGAGAUCCACUUUGGGAAAUAAUUCCUUUUAAAAUGACAACAUAGCCCAGCAAAGAGAUUGCCUAGCAAUCCAGCAUCUUUUCUUUUCACUUUUCCCAGGCCAAAAAUUUUAAGACAGUUUUUCAGAAAAGAAAAAGGUCUAAUCAACUAAUGUUACAUGAGUUGUUGAGCACUCCAAAUUAAUUUGGUUCUGUGACAGGUAAGUUGGUAUGAUAAGGUGCUCCUGAGGACAGGGGCAGUUUGCACAUUUUCCAUCUGAAAACAUCACUCAGUUGAUAAUUUGGAAUACAUGUUAUAUGACUUUUUUUUUCAAAAUAUAUUGUAACAAAUAUUUCAUGCUGGUGUGCAGUAGAUAAAUCCCUGAAAUAACUAAUUCUAUAAUAAAAUCUUUCUCUUAGGGCCAUGUCCAUUCAAACAAAUAAGGCCAAAAGAAAAUUACUAUGCCUUAUUUCUUCUUGCAUGGUAUAUAUAAGAUAUGAUAAAAUGAAGACAAGACCAGUGAUGAGAAUAUGUUAAGAUAUAUUGACUAUUAAAUGCUCAUGAAUAUUAAAUUUCUAUUAUAAAGAGUGAAAACUACAUUUUUAAAGAAAAGUUCUGUUACUUUAGGAAGUAUUAUAUUACAGGAAUAGUUUGAUGGUUUUACUAUUUACUAAAGAAAGACCAUAGCCUUGAAGGUCAUUUUAAAAUUUAGACAAAGUUCCUGAUUUCACUAUACUUCCAGAGAUUUCCACAAAUAAUCGAGCCCUUCUGCAAAAACUUACUAAUCAAGUUAGAUACAAGAAAUUUCACAGAAAUUAUACAUAUUUAAGAUACCUAACAUUUUGCUUGGAAAGAGAUACUGUAACUUGAAAAUUGCAAUUUCUUUCAAGUAAAACUUAAUCCCAAAGCAUACUAUAAAUGUAUUUUAAUUAAAAAAAAGGAAUCCUAAAUGAGGAGGCAUAAAUAUAGAAAUGUUUUCACAAAAUGGCAAUAAUAUGGCAUGAUGCUAUUAAAUUCACUCACUGUAAUAAUUUAUUACAUUAUUUUGACUGAUAUAUUAAAAUGUUUUUAAUACAUAUGGCAUUUUAACUUUAGUAUCGAUUGCUUUUUAAAAAUAUUCUUUGUGGAGUUUGUGAGUAAAUUAGAAAAUAUUAUUUUGUAUUGCAGCUUUAAAGUGGCACACUCCAUAAUACUCUACUUACUAGAAAUAGUGGUGCUACCACAAAAGUGUUAACCAUCAGUACCAUUGACUGGGAGAAAGAAACAGAUCAAGAAUGCAUAUUAUACAGUGACCGCUUUCCUAGAGUUAAAAAUACCUCCUCUUUGUAAGGUUUGUAGGGUAAAUGUGAGGUAAAUUGAGAUAUAAACUAUGGAUGAACCAAAUAAUUAGUUCAAAGUGUUGUCAUGAUUCCGAAUUUGUGGAGUCUGGUGUUAUUACCAUAGAAUGUGACAGAAGUACAGUCAUAGCUCAGUAGCUAUAUGUAUUUGCCUUUAUGUUAGAAGAGACGUUCUUGAGUGACAUUUUUAAAUAGAGGAGGUAUUCACUGUGUUUUUCUGUACCACAGCAGCAUUCCUAGUCCUUAGGCCCCUGGACAGAGUGAAAUCAUGAGUAUUUAUGAGUUCAAUAUUGUUCAUAUAAGGCUACAGUAUUUGCUUUUUUGUGUGAAUGUAUUGCAUAUAAUGUUCAAGUAGAUGAUUUUACAUUUAUGGACAUAUGAAACGUCUGAUUACUUCAUUUUAUCAGUCCUGACUGUACAAGGUUGUU